AAAUGUUAAAGAAAGAUUACAUGCUCGUAGAGAAAUGACCUACUCUUAAUUGCGAAGAUGACUUUGAACUAAGAGUUAUGUCUGACCAAUAAAUUAAACCUCAAUUGGACCCUGGUAUUUAGCGAAUUGUGCGGGAGUUGCUAUGGGGUGCGUUGGAUCGAAGCAUGCCAAUGGCGGAAAAAAUCAACCCCACAUGCCUGCCAAUGCAAGCCGAUAUAACCCAAUCCCUCAGCCAAAUCAAAAUAGAUAUACUCCAUAUGACCCUCACACCACGUAUGGAAUGCAACAAUCAGCUUAUGGUCCCUCUAUGAUGGGCACUUUGUCACAGGGUAUGGCCGGAGGCAACAGAGGUGGUAGUGGUUACAAUCCCUACACACAACAGCAGUCAAUGCAUGGCGGUGGAGGAGGUGCUAUGGACGGGAGUGGGAUGAAUCACCCACAUAACCAAUACAAUGUGCACCCAAAAAUGUCAGUCCCCAAUCCUUAUAACAUGCAGCAGUCUCAUAUGAUGCAAGGAGGUGGGUCCCACCAUGGCUCACAGUUCAAUAUAAACAGCUACAACGGUAUGGGCGGUGUAGGCGCAGGUGGGAAUGGGGGAGGGGGAGACUAUUUCUCCCCACAUGCAAAUGCAACGCCAAUAGCACCACGCCAACUGCCUUCCAAUCAGGGACAUCAUCCGUCCUCGCAACAUCAGCAGCAGCACCAACAGCCCCCACCACCUCCCAGACCACAGGGCAGCUCGGCCAGCGAGCGCAGCAGUGUAUACACAGCCAUUUACCCCCAUCAUGCGCUGGACCCUGGAGAACUUUCUUUCGAGAAGGGCGACAAAUUCCUGGUGCUGAAAGCCGACGGACCCUGGUGGCAGGUGACGUGUUUGAAAAACAACCAGACAGGCUAUGUUCCCGCCAAUUUCCUCUCAAAUACAGAGCGUGAUGACUGGUUCUUCGGCGCCAUCUCGCGCAGAGACGCUGAACAGCUUCUAAACGCCCCCGGAGUCAUCCCGGGAACCUUCCUGAUCCGUAAACGAGAGACCUGUGCCUCCGGGUACUCGCUGUCGAUGCGCGACGACAAGACAGCAUGUAUGGAUAAUGUGAAGCACUAUAAAAUCAAGCUGCAGGAGCAGGACAAUAAAUACUUCAUAACAGCCAAGAUUAAGUUCUCCACCCUGAAGGAGUUAGUGGCACAUUAUCAGACAGAUGCAGAUGGGCUGGUUUGUGCUCUCACUAAGCCAUGUCUGAUGCCAGCUCCUCAGAUUACAUCACUUGCACACACAGACCAUUGGGAGUUCCCGCGAGAGAGGAUCACCUUCUUUAAGAAACUAGGUCAUGGUCAGUUUGGAGAAGUAUGGAGUGGGCAGCUUAAAUUUGACGGAGGAACAGUAGAAGUGGCAAUCAAAACCCUGAAGCCGAACUCGAUGUCGGCCGAGGCAUUCCUGAAAGAGGCCAACAUCAUGAAGGAAUUACAGCAUAAGAAUCUGCUGAAAUUGCACUGUGUAUGUACGAAGGAAGAGCCAGUGUAUAUUAUAACUGAGCUGAUGAAGUGCAGUUUAUUGGAGUUCCUGAAGGACGGAGAGGGCAAGAAUAUCACAAUGCGAGCUCAGAUUGAGAUGUCCGCAAACAUCGCCGAAGGCAUGGCGUAUCUGGAGAGCAAGAACUACAUCCACAGAGACUUGGCUGCGCGUAAUGUCCUAGUCGGCUUCAAAUACGAGUGUAAGAUAGCCGACUUCGGACUGGCAAGAUACACGAAUGACGACCAAGAGCCUGCACAGAACAAAGCCAACAAGUUCCCCAUCAAAUGGACAGCCCCUGAGGCAGCUCUGAUGGGCAGAUUCACAAUCAAGUCAGACGUGUGGAGCUUUGGAAUCCUACUAGCCGAAAUAGCCACCAAAGGCAAGGUUCCGUACCCGAUGAUGACCAACAAAGAGGUGCUGGACAAAGUGAACAAUGGGUACAGGAUGCCCCGACCACAAGAGUGUCCCGAGAAGCUAUAUGGUGAGGUGAUGCUCAAGUGCUGGCAUGCCAACCCCAACAAACGCCCCACUUUCGCACACUUGUUCGCCAUCCUGGAAGACUUCAACAUCGCGACUGAGAGCAGCUACAACGACGACCACAUGUCCCCUCAUCAGCAAAACUACCAAUGAGUAUUAAAUGGGCAACCACAACCAGUCGAACAUGACCUCCAAUUCCAUAUCUCAGCAGAUGAGUGCCAGGAUAGACUGACUAUGACAAGGGUACACUUGUUAUUAGUUGCAACACGCCCACUACCCUACCAUCAAUCCCUCUUUGCACACAAAACCCAAUCCUAAUGCAGUCAUUCAAAAAGCAAGGCUCCGUUCUGUCGGCGAUAGAAGUUGAACAAAAAGACUUAGUAAAUAAAUUCUGAAUUUCUUCUAAACUCAGGCUAGAGAUUUUUGUUUUCAAAAAGCGAAUUAUAUAAUUUUCUAUACAAUGAAUACAUCUUCUUACUAAUUUUCAUCGAAUGUUCCCAGUUUGAUUAAUAAAAUGGAAUUAUAUUUUUCAGUUAGUCCUACUUUUGCAUUCCGGUUAUUGGCCUGCAAGCCAUGGUAAGUUCAAAUGCGGCAGUUAGUCAAAGCAUUAUACCAAAACCAAGUAUAAUAACGCUCUGGAAUGCAAAAUGAAGACACAAUAAGAUGUGAUGAAGUUAAUAUUUCACUCUUUUGGGUGCUGAUUGUGCUCGAUGUGUUUUGAAUAAGUUUAUAUUGUAGAGAUUACGAUUUCAAAUGACUUUUAUUGAAUAAUGGCCGUCAGAUCUUUAUUUAGAUUUAGAGUAAACUAGACAAACGGGUUUCAGUGAAACUUUUACUUAGUAGCGAAGCUUCAAACGAAUAGCCUAGCCACACGACUUGUUUCAAUCAAAUUAACAUGCAUCUCAAAGUUCAUGAGGUUUACUCAACAAGAUAGACCGUUUCCAUUUGUGGGAAGUCACGCUUAUAAUGCCUCUGGUUCUCUUGUAAUGUGCACGAAAAGCUGAUCUAUUUGCCUAAAACAAUUUCAAAACCCUGAGAAGGUUAAAUUGAUGCGGUUGUUUAUGAUGUAAUUUUUUUCAUCGAGAACUAACUUACAACUUGGAAAGAAACAAAACUAGUCAAUCGAUUUAAAACUGGAACUCGUUUGCCGCCACUUAAUUCUGAAUUCGGUUCAACUAAAUCCGAGUGCUAGCUCGUCUAAGAAAUCAAUUGGAGAAAAAAGUUACUUUUGUACUGAUAUCCUUCCUGAGUCAGUUGACGUGUGAACUUUUUGUCCCGACUCAAUCUGACUAAAGGAAGGGUACGCUUCCUCAUCUCAUCUCUCGUUGUAUCAUCUCAGCUCAAUUCGUUUCUUCUCUCUCAGAAUGCAAUUCGAUCGAUAGAUUCCGCCCAAUGCGAUGCCUACUCUCAUUAAUUUAAAUAUUAUCAGUUUGUCGCCUACAAAGCUCAAUUCAAUUUAAUUCUUUAUUCA